CUCCGUCCUUUACCUUGCUUGCAAGCUGCAGUCAGCAGCGAACAUAACUCGAUCCAAUACGACUCUAGCGGCCAAUUGCAAGCAACGUCGCUGCUCAAUCGAGAGGUAACCGGCGCCUUAAAUAAAUCUCCAAACGAUACAGCGCGUAUUGACGCCAAUGCUGCUGCGCGGAUGACGGGCGCAAGGACCCACAGCCGCCCACAGCGGACAGUCGCUGCCAGCGGACGACCCAUGACUAAGCUCGCUUCUAUCUCCUGGCGUCUGAUCCGGCCGUCAAAGCAAAUAUUCAGCGUUUCCUGGUGCUCCAACAUGUCUGGGUCGUCUCUCUUCAACUCGACCUUCGCGUCCCGGCAGCAAAUCAACAGCAUCACGCCCUCCAAGCCCCUCAUUUCCAAGAAAACCUCGACCUCUCUUGUACGCAAUCAGACCGCGCAGAUCGUGUUAAUGUCUGAUGCCUCCUCCGUCGACGUCCCUUGCCGCUCCUUGACCUUCCUUGUACUGCUGGAUGCGGCCCUGCAACUCCAUUCCCUCGCUCACCCGCGGCGCCGUGUUCAUGCCGAUAAAGAGAACUCUUGUCGUGUCGCGCAAGUACUACGUCUCGAUCCUGAAGAGACAAAUCGACUUCGCGGUCGGUGAGGUGGUAAGUAAGCUCUCGGUAGGCACCAAUUUAGAGGGAUCAAAGGAGACGUACAAGUACCAGAGUGAGAAAUACUGG